AUGAUAAUCAGCCUCUCAUGGCCCUUGCUAUUCACUAGAGCGACGCUGUACGCAGUUUUGGUACUGGCGUCGGUUUUUCUUGUUUUGCUGCCCUGGUCGAUUGUUUCCUUUUCGUAUUUUUACGGUCGCUUAAUUCCAACGCCUAUUUAUGAGCAGACAGUCCAGCUGAACUACGAGUUGCGUGAACGCGGGCCAUACCAGAUAUUCAACGCAGCAGAUUUUUUUGUCCAUCUUGCCGCAGUCAAAAACGACAAUUUAUUCAACGACCCGGUGUCAGAGUACGAGUUCUAUCUGUCUUUCGAGCCAAAAUGUCUAAGUUCCCAGAAAACCAUUGUUGGAUCCAGAUUUUCGAUUCUCGACGAUACCAUUUUGAACGAGGAGCUCAAGCCCUGGGAGUUAAACCUGGAACGUGUGAGUCUCAAGUCCAAGUUUGUCAAUUUGUGGCCAAUAACCGACAAUCUCAAAAGGUCGUUGCAAUUUUCCUCAGACUCCAACAGGCCGCGUAGCAUUGAGUGGCAAUGGCCGCGUUCCCGCUCCCUUUGCAACGAGCAAGACCCCAUUGUGGAUUCUCCAUCAAGUUCGUGGAGAUUCUGGAAUAGCCACAAAAACACAAAGAUAGAAGGAGGUGGAGGCGAGGUGGUUCCUGGCAUGGGCAUCUAUUAUGUCAACACUCAAUACUUCACGCUCGAUUGCAAGGAAAACCACUCGUUCCUGCCUCCUCUGAUGGAGAAACAUGUGGCACCUCCUGAACUCGCAAAUAAACUACAUUACUCACCAACCUAUAAUUUUCACCUGCUGUCCCUCCAGCCGCCAGCACAGUCGCUUGUGUGGUCAAAGUCGAGCUACAAUGAUAUUUUGGAAAAUUCCAGGCACAUGAAGUUUGUCUUGGAGUUCAACCAGAACCAGGCGUUCCUGGAAAAUGCGAAAUUGCGGGUGGUGAUCAAAUACAACGGCCUCCGAUGGUACCUGGCCCAAUAUCCUACGCUUUCGUUUAUCGCUGGAGUUCUCAUCUGCUGGACGGUUAGCUCUGUCGUCUGCGUUGCUGUGAGUGCAUUUAUAUUCAUGUACUACAAGCGAACCGUGCCACCGAUCAAACAGGACAAAACAAUGACAAACCUAGACUCGCUACUAAAAGGUGUCGAACGCUGAAAGUUUGAACGGACAAACUGUUUGUUGUAUAUUAUGCAUGUAUAUCAGUAAGCGUUGGGCUUUUCGGGAGCCUCUGAAAGAAGCACAGGAAUGGAGACAGCCAGGCUGUCGCUGAAUAAAUAUAGUGCAGCAUCUGUUGGAGUACUUGUUCCAGAGGCAGAAUCGAGUCUUUGCUUGACAAACUGCUCAAACUCGUGAGCAAUCUUGUUGUACUCAUAAAUGGCAUUCGUGUACGUAGCCUUAAAAGGGAGUGGUUGGAGAGCAAGUUCUGCUGUGACCACAGGCAUGGCGGAUCUAAACUGGAAAUCUAAGCUUCUUGAGUCUUGAGAGACCAUGUCUAUGUCAUCAUCACUGCAGAUACUCCCACCACAAAUAUUCAGACCAAGUCCUGGGAGUUUGGGUUUUGCGUUAUAAUAAGGUGUUGCCUCGCUGUUGAACUUUGUGACAUUGAAUUCUUGCAGCUGUUUGAGAGAAUCGUGAAUUUUGUUCUCGUUCACCACCAGCUGGAACUUGUAGACUGAUUUCCCCAGUUCUGGAGGUCUCAUCAACAGCUCGACUGGUAGGUUUUGCCUGCUGUUUGGCUCGUUGCUGGUGUCAAUGAACUCGACCGAAGACAGCGAAGACUGAGGUGAACUAUAUGUGGUAGCGGAAGAAAGAAUGCUUGGUGAUGAGGACUUCGAAGACAAAGUCAACGAGGAAGUCGAAGGAGGAAGAAGCGAGCUUUGAGAGGAGAAUGCCGAUUGCCCUGACACAGCUGUUGGCGGAGGAAUGUUCACGGACUCUGACUGUGUGGAAUCCACGUCGCUAUCCUUCUUCUUGAAGAACUUUGACACCCAAUGGCUUGCUAGCUUCGACCUCUUGCUCGUCAUGGACGUUGUAGAAGCAUAGGAGGCAGAAGAAAAAAGACUAGUUGUCGAGUUACCCACAGAUAGGUUGGCACAUGUGUAAAUUGCAUCAUCCAGGAUUUCGUAAGGAUGCGACCUGACAAGGUCUCUUUUUGAAGGAUCAUCUCUAGGACCUGCGCUCACAAUAGCCAAUUUCUUGUUUAGAAGCGGGUCGGUAGGAACCACGGGGAUCUUCUCUGAGGCACUGUAGCUCUGGUCUAAACGUGUCUGUAAGAUGGCCUGGACUUUCUUUCCUGUCAUAACGUCGGCAAAGCCGCCCUUGGUACUAAGAUGCAGAGACUCCAAACCCAAAACUUUCCACACCAUCAAAAUGAUAAAGUAGCAUCUCACCAAGGGCAGGUAGUGACCAAAGAACUUGGACCAGUUGUCCGAACUCGUGAGAUAUAAUAUCAUGUUGUAUUUCAGGGUGUCGUUAGGAUCAGAGACCCAGUUUGCCUGCGGUGGCUUGCUGGACGGAAGAUAGUCCCAAAUCUGAUACAAAACAGAGAGCGCCUUGAGUUCGCUGUUGAUGAACUCCGAGUUGAGCAGCUUGAAAAGUGUAUCGAUCCAGAAUUUCCAAUCUAGAUCCUGAGUGGCAUAGGAAUUUGUCUCGUCUAUGCUUCUCACAAAUCUGACCCAUAUGUCGAAACAGAGGUCAAUUCUCUCUGUUUGGAAUAUGGUAGUCUUGUAGAAAACCAGUUUGAAUACAGUGUCAAAACACUUGAGAACUCCGCUCCGGAGACUAGGCUCGAACUCGUGGCGGGCAUUCGCCAGAAAGUCGCGGAGCAGCUUCAGCAACUUAUCGACCUGCGACUCCGUGGACUGGCUGCAUGUGCGUUGCGCGGAUUGGAAGAUUUGAAAAUCAACAAUCUCGAAAAUGUGGGUAAUCAGAUAUGCAAAGCCUGGAAGGGCGUAAACUUCGGGAGCGGAAAGCGAUUUGGUUUGUUGCACAUAAAAUGAGAUAAGCGUGAGAUAAUGACGUAAAAAUGAACAAAACAGGUCAACAUUUUCGAGGGACGACCAUCUGGUGCACCAAAGUCCGCGCGGGUCGCUGAUUCCUGUGAUCUUGGCAGAUGGCGGUGAGACCGAGUUAAGAACCUUGUUUUCGAGCUUGUACCUGGUUUGACGAGGCUGCUCCGCAGACUUGAUAAGUGGAUGCAGAUGCUGGGGGAAAUACACCAAGGUGGCGUUGACCACGUCCUCAAAGUAUUUUUUAUCGCGGCCCGGAACAGGCUGGUGAGGUGAUUUUUCUCGAACCAUCAGGUCGUAGUACUCCUUGUAAUUUUUGACCCUCGAGUUUAGGAGGAACAGGAUGCCGCGGGAGAGGUCCGGCAACUUCACAAAGGCGUGGGCAAAGAUCUUUCCAACAAAAGCGUUGAUGGGCAGGUUGAUAUUCUUCACAUCGAGUCUUGCUAUGCAGAACUCGAACGUCUCGAGUAGCUGUGCGUUGUGCUGUUUGUAAAUCUCAGAGUUGGGGUCUUUAGCGAUCUCGAGCCAUUCUUGGCGGCCGACGAUUCUGGAAAUCGCUUCCAAAUAGCAGUUUCUGUCGAUAGACGUCAUCUGGUGUAGCUCCUUGACUGCCGAUAAAAGCGCCUUCCACCAGCGCAAAAGCACGACGGCGAGCUCCAGAAACUGGGUUCUGGAUCUUGGGUCGACCGCAUCGAGCCGGUGCGCGGACCAGGGUGCGCUGGUGUUUCUAAGAAAGGGAAGGAGCGACAGACGUAGGAUGUUCGUUUUGGAGGUGUUGUUCCGCUUGUACGAGUGGAACUUGACCAGUGCAUUCUCCAAACGUCUCAGGUUGUCAGAUUCCAUAGUGUUGACACGAAAUCUUGACAUUAGAGACCCAG